GCUCCUCUUCUCCCUCAUCUUCAGGAGGUUGAAAAUCUAGGACAUCAGCCAGACAUGAACGCUGGAGUUCGGGCCCCACGCAAUCUGCCACCGUUGUAUGAAGUCUUCCAGGGGAAUAUCCACCUCGGAGACGAGGUUUACAUCGCGGAGCAAAAGAUGAGGCACCUCAUGAAGCUGCCUUCGGACCGGCGCUUCACGAAAGAUGUGAUGCGGUGCCUUUGGACGGCUGAGCAGCUGCAAGAACGCAGCGUCACUGGGCAGGUCAGCCGCCGGCUGGUGAGGAGUGGAGGGGUGGCCAAGCAAGCCCUCACACCGAGGAAGGUGGCAGCAGUGAAAAAUGCCUUGCAGUACUACAUCAUGCAUCACCGAAACCCCGACACCCCGGAGGAGGCAGAUGACGUCAGCAACCGUCUGGCAUGUCUAAACAAUAUUAUGACAAAUUUUUUAUCUGAUCUCGGCCGCCCCAGCAGGCGUGUCACUCUGUAAAGCGUUUUUUUUUUUAUCGCAAAAAGAAAAAAAGAAA